CGCUGCGAGCGCGCGCGGAGGGUAGCUGUUGUGUGGAGGGGGCGGCGUUCUUUGGGCUCGUGCGCGCCGAGGAUUACAAACCCUCCGCGGGACUGAAACUCACACCUCUCCGCGGCUCUGCGGUUGCGCCCGUGCACGUGCACAAAGACGGGAUCACUUCCGAGCUGCGGAGGUCGGCGGCUGCCAGUGAAAGCAGGGGGAGAGUGGAGAUUGGCCAUCAGAUGGUUGUUCUCGGACUGAGGCAUUCUGAAUAGCAGAUCUUCGCUCUUCUGGAUCAGCUGACUGGAGCCCAGCGGUUCCAUUGGCCAAGGCCCAGAACCGCCUGGAGAUUUGCAGUCUGAAUUUCGGUACAUCUACGGGGAUCCAGCCCCCCCCCCCGCAUUUUCAAAGCCCUUCUCCCUUCCACACCUUUACGAAAAAGAGGACAAAGAUAGACGUGCUUCCUGGAGCCUGCAGCCUACAGCCCCAGCUGAAAAAGACAACGGUAAGGUCCUGGAGUGGCCCACCAUGGUGUUCUGCUAAGGUCUGCUUCCCCUACUGCUAGAGAUGAGCCGUACCAGGGGGCCACGGCCCCUCAUGACGGUGGCCCUCGUCAUCGUCUUCUGCUUGCUUCGUGUGUGCACUGCAGCUAUGCCCUUCCCCAGGGACCUGGAGCCAAUCAGAGUCAUCAGCAGUCACACCACAUACCAGUACCCUGGGUUUCAGGGUCUCCUGUCUGACAACGAUACAUUGCGACUGGGCUUGGACUUCCAGAGAAUGUUGCGCAUCAACCACAUGCUCUAUAUCGCAGCCAGGGAUCACGUGUUUGCUGUCAAUUUGAGCGCUUCUGCUGAACAGAUUGUCCCACAGCAGAAACUGACAUGGAAGACCAAGGAUGUGGAGAAGUGCACCGUGAGAGGCAAGAACAGCGAUGAGUGCUACAACUACAUCAAAGUGCUGGUACCCCGCAAUGACGAAACACUGUUCGCCUGUGGAACCAACGCCUUCAACCCCACCUGCCGCAACUACAAGAUGUCCACUCUCGAGCAGGAUGGAGAGGAGGUGGUGGGACAAGCCCGUUGCCCUUUUGAAUCCCGGCAAUCCAAUGUAGGCCUCUUUUCGGGUGGCAGUUUCUACUCUGCCACCAUGACCGACUUCCUGGCGAGCGACGCCGUCAUCUAUCGCAGCCUUGGAGAGAGCGCUCCAGUGCUCCGCACUGUGAAGUACGACUCAAAGUGGCUCCGAGAGCCCCAUUUCCUCCAUGCAAUCGAGUAUGGGAACUAUGUCUACUUCUUCUUCAGCGAGAUUGCAGUGGAAUACACUGCUCUAGGCAAGGUGGUGUUUUCUCGAGUGGCCCGGGUGUGUAAGAACGACAACGGCGGUUCUCCCCGAGUGCUGGAGCGCUACUGGACUUCCUUCCUGAAGGCGCGGCUCAACUGCUCCGUGCCGGGCGACUCCUUCUUCUACUUUGAUGUGCUACAGUCACUGACCAACGUGCUGCAGAUCAACCAGAGGCCCACUGUGGUGGGAGUCUUCACCACGCAGGUCAACAGCAUUACAGGAUCUGCAGUGUGCGCCUUCUACAUGGACGACAUCGAAAAGGCCUUCAACGGGAAGUUCAAAGAACAGAGGAGCAGCGAGUCUGCAUGGACCCCAGUCCCUGAGGAGCAGGUUCCUAAGCCCAGGCCAGGAUCCUGUGCAGGCGAUGGCCCUGCAGCUUCCUACAAGUCCUCCACCUCCUUCCCUGAUGACAUGUUGGCUUUCAUCAAGUCCUACCCACUGAUGGAUGAGGCUGUGCCCUCGGUCAACAACCGGCCAUGCUUCACUCGAACCACCAGCAGGUUCAAGCUAACCCAGAUAGCUGUGGACACAUCUGCCGGGCCCUACAAAAACCAGACUGUGCUCUUCCUAGGCUCGGAGGAUGGCCGGGUGCUCAAGGUGUUGGCUAGCACCCAUCCCAACGCUUCUUUCAGCACCCAGCUCCUGGAAGACAUCGAUGUUUAUAACCCGGCUAAGUGUAACAUACGUGGCGAGGACAAGCGGGUCCUGGGGCUGGAGCUGGACCGGGACCACCAUGCCCUGUUUGUAGCCUUCUCCAGCUGUGUCAUCCGUGUGCCCCUUAGCCGCUGUGUGGAUUAUGGCACCUGCAAGAAGAACUGCCUGGCCUCUCGUGACCCCUACUGCAUCUGGUUGAAGACAGGGAGCUGCGCAACUGUGGCUCCUGGGUUCAAGGCUGGUUUUGAGCAAGAUGUCGAAAAUGACCGCACCGAGUUCCCAGGCAGCUGCCUUGAUGUCCAGGCUACAACACGAAAGCAGAACACUGCUGCUGAUUUGGCUUAUGGGAAGACCACACCCACAAGUGCCAGCACUACCAAUCAGGGGGCGGCUUUCCCAAAGGUGACAGUUGGCUCACAGAGAGGUUCUGGUCCGGAUGACCGCCCUCCUGUGGGAGAACAGGGCUUACCUGACUUGGACGCAGUCAGUGUGGAGACGGAGGGUGUUCGACGAUUACCUGAACCAGAGAAAUCCAACCACAGUGUUCACUACACACUUCUCAUUGCUUGUGUGCUUGUAGCUUUUGUUUUGGGUGCCUUCCUCUCUGGGUUCCUGGUCUCUUGCUAUUGUAACCACAAUGUCCAUAGAACCAAGAGACUUGAUAAGGACCCUGAGGCCCCCAUCCCCCAUGCCCUCUCCCUGCGCAGUCUAGCCAGGCUCAAUGGCCUACUGGACAGCCAGUCCAAGGAGGAGAAACUGGAGGUGUCUUCACCUAAGUUAUACAAGUCAUUCAUUCCCAAUGGGAAGGAGCAUCACUCCAGCAGGAAUAGUAGGUCCAUGGUUGGAGGAGAAUUAGCUCAUCCACAUCACCACGGUGCUGAGCUCUCAGGCUUGCCCACCCCAGACUCAACUCCUGAGUUGCCCAUAAAGAGCAUGAAAGCUUUCAGGAAUCAAUGGGAAAAAAACCAGAACUGCAAUAAUGCUAAGGAUGCAAAGCCACACAGUAUGGGUGUCUCUCGAACCAGCUCGGGGCUCCAUCAACAGGUUUUUCCUUUCUCACAUGGACUGACUAAUGGACAGGCCCUAGGGUGUGCUCUCCACCUGGAUGACCGCAAGAUCCCAAAUGCAGAGCGUGUAAUGAGCCAGCCUUACUCCAGCUUUUCGCAGAAGGUGGUUGAUGUCACCUCUCUGGAUGAGCUCCUGAAACACAUUCGUGAUGUCAACACUGCCGGGGGCAAGAAUGUAACGGCACUGACAUCCUCAAUGUCGACUAAUGGGAGCCAGAUGGCUUUCACAAAUCGUGCUCAGCCACACAUCCCUGAAACGGAAUCUGCUCCUUACUACAGUUCGUCAACGUUACCAAGGGACAGUCUGACACGUCGUAUGGAUGUACCACCAGACAUGCCACCUCCACAGUCAACCCUCGAGAGGGUCUCUCGCCAUCCAUCCCAGAGACACUCCUUGAUCUCUGCAUCCAAGAUGUCGAAUGGAGGGGUGGUGCCACGGCAACACAGCUUUAGCCACCGCAGCACCCACCAACCACCACCAUUGCUGGCCAGGAUGAACUCCACUGGCAGCGCCUGUGAGGUCCACCACCCCCUCAUCCCCAGUGGCUACCUGACACGUCAGCACAGCUACAGCGAGCACCCUGAGGUACACCGGAGCGCCAUCGUCCGCCGGACCGUCUCCCUCAAGCCUGAGGUGCCUCCAAAGCCCCUCUUCAUCCCUGCCACCUCCCCCGUAAAUCCACAGGGCAAAUUCAACUACUGAGUGGGAAGAUGUCUUCUCUUCUUCCCCAAAAGCCUCCCAGAUACUGAAGAGAAGGUGAACCUUAAAUUCAACCUCCUGGGAAUUAACGGGUUUUGUUGUUACCCCUGCAACAUCUUUUCUACAUAUCCAGUGAAUGUCUUUGUACCAUAUUGGUAUUGCUUAUAGAGUGCAACCUGCUUAUAGAAAUGUGAUAGACUGGGACAAGUGAUAAAGAGGCUACCCUGAUUAGGUUAAACCUGCCUUUAGUGAUGUUCUACAAUGCAGCCCAAACCACUGGAGAGCGAGAACAUCAAAAGUUAUAUAUCCUGGAACUUGGAAUUAAGAAGACCAUGUGCUUGGACUUGAAACAAUGACCACUGAACACUGCAGUACUCUGUUACUGUACUGUAAAGUUUCUACAAAAUACCGAUCCUCCUUAUAACAUGUAUAUAUGCAUGUGUGUGUGUGUAUACAGUAUAUAUAUAUGUGUUUAUAUCUACAUUGUACAUGUAUAUGUAUACGUAUACAUAUAUAUUAUAUGUAUCCCUUGGAACAUCUAUAUGAUCUCUUUUGAGGCAGCUCUUCUGUUGCCUAACUCUGUCAGCAGAAGCAAAUCACAAUACCUCCAGCCAGAAGGUCCCCGAAUGAGCCUGAGCAAUAACCCGCAUAUGCUGCCGCACUAUGCCCAUGGUGCGGACGAGUAGUCUGUGUUGCUUCUCUGGAGCACGGGUCCACAGUCAUGUGGUUAUUUUACCUAGACUCCCACCUCCGUCAAACAAGAAAAUGUGAAGUGAAGCAAUGGACAAGAACAGUAUCACCUGCAUUUGUAGAAAGAGGAGAUCCAAGGUUGUGUUGCCCACUGAAAGCUGCACAACUCAUUGUAUCGCUAUUUGUGGUUUGUGGUUAAUUAUUGCAAUGAGAAAAUGUCUAUUAAGUGGGAUGAUCAAAUCACGACUAGUAUGCUAUGAACACUGCAGAAGGUUCAAGUCCCCUUCUGCUCACGAUGGCAGCGCACCAAAUAAUAUCCCACAAAAAAUAACCCGAGUAAAGAUUUAUCAUUUGGGGUUUUGAGAAACAGGAUCAUUUUUCUUUAAGAAAAUCCCAGAUACCAGACUGAAAAGCAGCAUCUACCUGCUUAAGGACUACUCCUUUAUUUUAAUGUAGUAUUGACCGCUGUUACAAUUAUUAACUUUGUGGCUAUGUGUGUAAAUAAAGGAAUAAUAACUAGCCAAAUUUUAAUUGUAUGUGUAAAUGUGUGCCUUAUUUAAUAUAACGUGCUAUGGGUUUUAAGGGGAAAACAGAAGAAGUUAUAUCAAGCAUUGUAUUUUUAAUUUUUAAACUUUGUUGUCAAACUGUGUCAUGGUCAUUGUACAUUUGUAUAUUUAUCCCCCUGCCUUUCUGAUAGCCCUACCCACAGGACAGUGUAGCUGCAUACAGGUCUGUUGUGAUGGAUAAAGUCAUUUCCAGUUUGAGGCUCCAGGUUUGUUUUCGGUUUUACCUUUUUCAGUUGACGCCCGUCAUUAAUGUUCUCUGUUUUUUUUGUGGGCUGUACCUCUCUGGCAGGAUGUGAAUUCUGCAGUUUCAAAGUUAUACCAUCACCCAUUUUUACUCCUCUACUUGGCUAAAACUCGCAUACGAACAUUCUUAAUAUUUUUUUUCCAGCCUGUUUGUUAGGUUUUUUCUGCUGAAUGGUUCAAUGCCCAGAACAGUUCAGCAGCAAGGAAAUGCUUAUCUGGCCAUUGAGUGUGUAGAGGUGAUGGUGCUGUGCGGUCGCUAUCUGUAUUCAUGAGCACUGGUCCUCUCCGGCAGGGCACGUGGUCUGCUUUCCAGGUGUCCUUCGGAACUCGUGGAUCUAUGGUCGUUGUUCGCAUCUCGCAAGCUCUGACUCUGUUUCAGUGUCCACUCUGGCCUGGAUGCUCAAACCAGGUUUUUGGAGAGUUUUACAGGCCAGACUUGAAUUCAUUUCAGGUUUGGAGCCAAAUUAGUGCCAUCGCUCGGUAAUUUAACAGCUCUUUGCACGCCAAGUGCUUUCCAUUUGCUCACAGGCCCAAGAUGCUUUUUGAAAUCACAUGCAAUAAAGGCCAUACACAGGUAGCACUUACAUCAUGUAAACCUAAACCUACAGGUCAGGACAAUAGGAGACUCCAGUUUGAACUAAAGAUGGAUAAAAUGGACACGGUGCACAGACACGCAAGCGUAUGUUGUAUUCAAGUGCAGUACAAUUUCUCAAGGAGAUUACAUAAGAAAGGGAACGUUCUCUGCUGUAGUUACUUUUGCUUUGGAACUUCUUAGAAUUGCACACUGUAAAUAGAACCCCAGAUUGUUUUAAUUGACACAACUUUGUUUUUUUUUUUUUCCUUUAGUAAGCUGUUCCU